AUGGAAAUACACAAUGGUAUUGGUUACAGGGUGUAUGUAGAGUUGAAAAAAGAGAACAGAGAAUUCGGGAUGUAUCCUUUGUGCAUAACAACUAUUGAAAAAGAACUUGUAUCCGGAGGUUGUUUAAAUCAAUGCGACAUUGUGCAAAUAGACGAAGCAGUUCAAAGGGAGGUUAUGGCUGGACAAUUAUAUAAGGAUAAGGCUACAUUGAAAGAGGUGAUGGAGAAUUAUGCUAUAUCUCAAAGGUUUCAAUUCCGGGUUGAUAAGUCUAACACUGUCAGCUAUGCAUUAUUAUGUAUGUCAGAAGAUUGUAAAUGGAGGUUUAAGGCUUCGAGCAUUAACAAAUCAGAACUAUUCAAAACGAGAGAGUUCAUUGAUAACUAUACAUGCCCGCUUAAGGACAAGGUGUAUGAGCAGCGACAGGCAAGUAGCAGCCUUAUAGGUGGUAUGAUUAGGCCUAAGCUUACUAAUCAUAAGAGGAAAUACACCCCAAAGGAUAUUAUUGAUGAUGUGAAAUCACAUUUAGGUGUAGAUGUUAGCUACAUGUUGGCGUGGCGGGCUAAAGAAAAGGGGUUUGAUCAUUGUAGACCCAUUGUGGUUGUGGAUGAAAGUCACCUAAAAUCUUACUACACCGGGAUAUUUGUCUCGGCAAGCACGUUGGAUGGUGCAGCAUAUGGUGUUAUUGAUUCAGAGAACGAUGCUGCUUGGACAUGGUUCAUUGAGCAAUUCAAGAUAGCAUACAGUAACAGGGAAAACAUGUGCAUCGUUUCAGAUAUAAAUGAGAAUAUCAUUAAAUCUGUAUCGAGAGUGUAUCCAGAUAAAUUCAAAAAGAGCCAUGCAAAGUUGAGAGAGAUAUACUUCUCGAUGGCGAAAGCAUACACACAAUUUGAAUUUGACAGUAUGACGGAGAAGGUGGAGAAGGUAGAUAUUAGGAUGAAAGAAUACUUGGAGUUAGCUGGAUACGAAAAGUAG